CGGACGGUGCGGACGAGCCGAUUUUCGGACCGCCGCUGCCGCCGGUCCAAGAAAACGGCCUCCUGGACGCCAUGCGCGCCGUGGCCCUCCUGCGAUGGCACAUCCCAGCGCUUCAAGUGGCCGAAAUCGGUAACCUUACAGCCCUCGAGCUCGGAUGCGGUCCUGCGCUACACCCGGGAGGCACCGCUCGCUGUCUCGGGCAGUUGGGCUGCGCGGGCUGCGGCGGGCCUGCCACUCGACGAGGUCCACCGGCGCGUGCGGCUGGAGAGGGAGGACGAGCAGGGACCUGCCAAGCGGGCACGCACCGCCGCGCCGGCAGGGGGAGUGCGUCCGGCUCGCGAGGCCCGUCGCGACACAGCCGACAGCCUGUGCAAGCAUUUCGCCACCAAAGUCUCCUCUCUCGAGGCCUCCGUCCUCUCCCUGCGCGAAGCCUUCGCGGCAGAGCUGGAGGGGGUCAGGCGCCUCUGUGUCGAAGGCCCCGAGUUCGUGGAGAACCCCAAGACCGGCGUCGUCCACCGGGUCCGGGAGGGAUCCACACGCAUUGCGCCCAGGGGGUGGCGAACCUCCUGCGGGUGGGCUUUCGGCAUCGCUGACCACACGAGGCUCGAGUCCGCUGAGAGGCCGUACAAGCUCAUGUGCGAGAAAUGCAUGCCUGGGGAUAGAGCGGCGGCGAAGGCAGCUUUAGCACGUAGUGCCGCCGCUUGCGCGGAGCAGGGUACUCCGGCAUAGGGGGGCCAUCGGUGCCUGCAUCGACUCGGGCAGAUGCCCGGGCGCAGGCACGGCCUCCGCCCAUGCCCGUGUGGGAAUCCGCAGGGCGAUCCGCAGCAUGGGAAAACGAGAGCACGCACAUGUGGAGGGGUGCAGGAGCGGAGCGGAUGCACGGAGUCACAUGGCGCUCGCGUGCCCAUGGCCAUUUUGGUCUCGAGCUCCGCCCUCGAGCUCACCUCCGUGCUCUCGGUCACCCACGUUUUCUCCCCACCCACCGCCCUGUAAAUUACAUUUCUUGGUGGUGAAGCCUCUGACCUGUCGAAUUCAGAAGGCACGGGAGGGGUCUGGGCUUGGGGGGCCAUCGGUGCCUGCAUCGGCUCGGGCAGAUGCCCGGGCGCAGGCACCGCCUCCGCCCAUGCCCGUGUGGGAAUCCGCAGGGCGAUCCGCAGCAUGGGAAAACGAGAGCACGCACAUGUG